AUGACGGAACAAGCCCAAACCCUGCCUCAAAAGAGCCUCACGGUGCAGAAGCGCUUCAUAAGCUUUAUUAAACACCUGGAGGAGAAUGAAUUAUUGAAUGAUAUUUACUCUAGGGAUGCAAUAGACGCUCUAGAUAGAUUUUCGUUGUGGGCCGGAAGCCUUGGGGCUUUGAGAGAGCCCAAUUCUAAGCUUUCGAUAGAGUACCGACUCGCAGAAGCUCCAGAGAUUCGGAAUGAGAUUCAUCGGCAGCUCGACUAUCUCUUAGAAGCUAUUGAUGAUGUGGCAACAGUUGUGCAGAAGAGACAGGCAAAUUACGAAUUACAGGAAGACGAAAAGGAUAUGGAACAUUUUGAUGGCCCUGGUGAUACCCAGGCAGGGCCAUCCGAAGAGAUUCGCAUGAAUCUCGAGCUGAUCUCCGAGUCUCUAAGGAUGCUCUUCCGAAUUGCCGUUCUCGUCAGGAAAGCGAGCCCCGACAACCGCUUCGAGCGGGCCGUUAACUCUUCAAAAUGCACCUUUCCUCCUACAUUUGACAUUGAGCAUGUCAAGGAGAAGUUUUCAAAGCUCAAAGCAAAGGAACAAUCCUGGCUCGCCGAGCGCCUGGGCAAGGCCAUUGCGGGGCGCCGGCAAUUUAUCAAGUACUGCAGAGAUCAUAGGGACCGCCUCGCCUUAGAUGACGAUAACAUCGAAGCUGAAAGUGCUACAACCGUGAUGCAGUCCAGCAAAGCAACCACUCUGAAUCCUGAAAAGAUACGUGUACAUGCGGCAACGAACUUCGCCGUUGACGAUUAUGAAGACGAAGUAGUUUCUAUCUUGUCAAUAUCCACUACAACAGAUGUGCUUUCAACACUCGCAUUGCCUCGUCUCGCCGAUCUCUCGAAAGAUGGCGAGGCGUUUGAAUGCCCCAUUUGCUUUACACUGAGAUCUAUAAAGGGAGAGCGCUCAUGGCGUUUGCACGCUUUCCAUGACCUCAGGCCUUACUCUUGCACGGUCGGAGGUGCGGAAUGUGAUUCGUUGGCUUUCCAAGACCGAAAUUCGUGGUUUCAACAUGAGCUUGAUUGUCACAAGUCUCAGUAUGAGUGCUCAUUGUGCGACUUUUUCGGAACAUCAGAUGCGAGUCAUGGAAGAUGCUGGAAGAAGAGCUCCGCUCUUCAGACCAAAGAUGAAUCGCAAUCCGGAGAAACCAAAGGCAAGAGUAUACUAGUUCGCACCAGUCAGUUCAAAAGACAUGUGGCGGCACAUCUAGAGCAACUCGCAAUUUUUGCGAUCCCGCGUGCAAUAGAAGAUGAUCAUGGGGAUGAACGGAGCUGUAUCAACAGCUUGGGCUCUACUGUUGCUGACUUAUCGGAACCCGGGGAACAGGAGGAGCCACGAACACUUGGGGAAGAAUGGCUAGAGGGGAAGUUGACAGAUGACGAAAACUUGCCAAACAUCAAUGAGGAACAAGACAUCAGCCAUUCGCGAUCUGGGCAGUAUGCAGAGAACACUGACUACCCAAACAGCAUUCCGACUGGAGCUUCUACAGAUCUAGUAUCCGAGGCCUUGAACCACGAUAGAUUUGAAAAACCUCUACUUCUACCGCCAACUGAAGCUCUCUCCCGCGCGACUCUAUCUCCGGCCCCGAAAGAACCCAGUCCACCCGUGCUGCUGCCUUAUCCUGAAGAAGAGCAUCUGCUGAAAGAGCUUUCUGAAUCGAAGAACGAACAAGAGAGGGCUCAAGAAGAAUUAAAACUUCAAGGGCUACAGAAGCAAUUCCACCAGGAUACUUUAACUGCCCUAGCAAAGAGAGAUCAAGGCAGCCAAAGAGCGGAGGAGUCGGCUACCGGUAUUUCACUACAGGAAUGUGUUACCUCAGCCGCCAACAGAAGAGACGACGACGCAGUUUUUGACGAGAACUGGCUGGGAAAAGAGGGAAUCUUUCAAGGCCGCUCGACGCUCCUCCUCGGGAAGAUCAAUGACGGAGACGGCGUUCAAGUUGACGUAAAAACCGGCGACGUAAUCGUUCUUCCGGCUGGUACCGCCCACUCCUCUCUACGGAGUUCCGACGACUAUCGCUACAUUGGGGUAUAUCCGAAGGAAUGCCCGAAGUGGACGAAUGAGAUGGGCAAACGUCCGCCAGCUUCCUUCGCCCAGACGAUUGGAGCAGUUGCCACGCCGCAAGCUGACCCGGUAUACGGGAAACAAGGACCAGUGGUGUCGUUGUGGAACGCCGAGCCGAAGGCCAAGCUAUAG